AUGGCCAGCCCCAAGCAUCAAAAUCGUGACUUCAAUAUCCCUCAGAUUCCGCCCCAGUCCCCCGAGUCCGAAGCCUUUGGUGUUGAGAGCAUCAUAUACAAGUCCGACCGGCCGUCCAGCAUUCCCAUCCCGAUCACCAAUGCCGGUGCAAAUACCAACCAUGGCAAUCGUGUUCCCUCGAACCCGAAUCGACCUUCCAGCCGUCCAUUUUCAGCCUCCACUGUUCCUCACAUGAACAACACGGCAAACACCAGUACCUUUGUCGCCAACAAGAACGACCAACAACCCUUCACGUCAGGCUCUCCUCGCCCCAUCUCCUACCCCUUCCGUACCUCAAGGCAUCCCAAGCUCCGUUUCUUGACGCCAUCGGAAUGGGCCCGUAUUGCUCGCAGCAUCGGCGGUAUCGCGGACCCUUCUUCCGAGUCACACAAUGUUGUCCAUCCCACCUGCUGGUACUGGCCGCCGCGGGGUAUGCCCGAGGGGCUUUACAGGGAUGUCAUUUACCAACGGACCCGGUACCUGUACUCGUACCACAUCUUCAGCAUCAUGCGCUGGGUGUUGAUGAUCCUGCAGAUUGUGCUAGGAGCGGUCCUGACGGCUCUGGGCGCAUGGGGAGGCAGCGAAGGUGUCGGCACAGGGACGCCAAUCACGAUCCUGGCGGCUGUAAACACCACUGUCGCAGGGCUGUUGGCGCUCAUGCAUAAUAGUGGGCUGCCGGAUCGAUUGAGGCUGAACAAGGUCGAGUUUGAGCAGGUGGCGGAUCAUCUUAAGGAAGUCCUCGAUACGGGCAUUAUCGAAGAUGGUCAAGGAGUGGACGACCUUCUCAACAGUUGCUUCUCGCGGUAUUACACGGCCAAGGCUACCGUGUGGGCCAACAUGCCUGAUGCGUAUACGUCGUCGUCUGCUGCCAGUAGGGAUAAACCGCAGCUGAUAUGCCCAGAUCCGACCAUCCACCUUCUUGUGAACCACGAGAAAGGAUCCACACAGAGAGAAUAA